AAUUCAAAAAACUAGCUCGUUUUGCGCUCUUCUCUCUCCAAAUUCUCCCACUCAAUCAUUGUUGAUAGUUCAAAUCCAAGAUCUAGAUCGAAACAAGGAACUCGCGGAGCACAUAGGAGUCCGUUUCUUCGAUUCAUUGUAAAAAAUGGAGAUCGGUGGGUGUCAGGACAUUGAUCUCGAACUUGAAGCCGACGAUCUCAUUGGGGAUUUUCAGCUCCCAGAAACUGUGGAUGCUAUAAAAGUAGAUGAUAGUGGUGGCUUUGAUGUGAAUAAUCGCUUGCCCGAACUGCAUGAGUCCUCAGAACCUGAAAGAAAGCAAAGAAAUGGAAGGUAUAACUUGCGAAAAAGCCUAGCCUGGGACAGUGCCUUCUUUACAAGUGCAGGAGUGCUAGACGCAGAAGAAUUGUCGAGCAUGAUUACCAAACCAGAUAAAAAGGAAAAGCAUAUGUUACCAGGGAUUCAAGAAGACCUUACAGGGUCAACUGAGUCUAUCUCCACUCUUCAAAGUGAUUGUUUGACUCUAGAAAGCAAUGAGGAUGAUUUGUUUAUGGACAUUAGAGCUUCCAUCCAAAGAUCCAGUAAGAAAGCAUCCAACUUCACUAAUUCAAGCCGUAAGAUACCAGUUACGGUGCUAGAUGGCACUUCCCUUUCAUCCCCCAAAAAGGAAGAUUGUGUAUCUCCUCAAAAUAAGUGCCCAAAACCAUGUGUCAAGAAAACUAGUGGCCUGCAGACUGUCCGAAUGUCAAAACCUCAGCUAAAACCAAUUGGGAAGCUAGCACCAGGAAGACCAAUCAAGCCAAAUCUUGCUCAAUCACAGGCUGGAUCUACUGGUAAAUCUGGGGAGAUGAAUUCAGUGGUUCCCAAACGACUCAAAACCAUUAGCAGUUCUGUUCCCUCCUCAAUUGCAGCAAAGAGAGAGUCUGUUGGGACUAGUCGUCUCAAACCUGAAUUUGGAAGCUCUAGACAAGGAUCUGUCCCUGGCAAAGUCACUCAGCCACCCAAAGUAUCAGCAUUAGGUGGUUCUAGAAAGGUGCAGCCAAAGCCUGCUGUAUCAUCAAAGUGUUCUUCAGUAGGCUCUUCAACUACAAGUAAUGUGCCUUCGACAAGGUCCUCUACUUCAAGUGACAGCUCUAUUAACACAUCCUCUGGCAAAGCUACUAAACCUACAGUUAUGGUUGCAAGACGAAAUCUUGGCAAAAGCACCACCAGUGGUCAUGACCUCUCUGGUUCCAUCCCUAAUACUCCAUCAAGAGCUCUACCAAAGAACAAACUGCCAGCUUCCAAUCUUUCGGCUUAUCUAAAGUCGACUAAGAUUUCCUCAAGUGUCUCACCAGCCAGUUCAAUUAGUGACUGGUCUUCAGUGUCAUCAACAACAUCUUCUGUGGUCAACCUACGAUCUUGUAACUCAAGGAGCAGUAUAGAUACCAGUUCUUGUAGGUCAGUGGAUGGUGACAACCUGCGUUCGGAUCCAAGGCAUAUGGUAGCAGGUCAAAAGGCUGAAAGACAAGGAAUCCAGGGAGCUAUCUCAACAUGCAACACUUCAAAAAAAUCCACAGCAACAUCUGGUACCCUUCAGGCUCCUACCAUACCAUCAGGAUUACGAUUGCCAUCAACGAAAUUUGGCUAUUUUGACGGGUCGUCGUCUCGCACUCCUGAUGGAAAUCAGCGCUCUCAAUCUACAUUGCACCCUGUGAUUCCCAAGAAUGGUGCUGCUGCAUCCACUCCAACUCGAAGCUCAAAUGGAAAAUGGAAAAGUGCGAAGGUUCCAACGGCUAGAAUGCCAACUUCUUUGGCAAACUUAAAGUCUCCAAAGGCUGCAUCUCCUGCUCCAUCUCAUGAAAAGUCACAUGCUUUGAUAAAAGCAUCUAGUGUUCCAAUGGAUGUGACUAAUUCUUCUAGCUUAUCUGCUGGAGUUAAAACUAGUGGAAUUGGAGAAACUUAUCAACAAGCAGUGGAAGUUCAGGCUUAUAUCGAAGUUGUCACAGAUGCAGGUGCUGAUGACACAGGCAACUUAGGCAAAUUGAGGUUGACUAAAAACAUGACCAUUGAGGAUAUCACAACUGCUACUGCUGAUGGUAACAAUGCUUUAGCCUCAGAAUCUAUCAGUCAAAUUGGGGAUGGUCUGGUUAUGAUGGAUGAGCUUAAGAUGAACUCAGUUUCAACUUAUGAAGCAGCAAAGAAAGAUGAAGAUCCUGCUAAUUAUCCAGAGGAAGGGGGCACUGGAGACAAGACAGGCAUAUUUGAAAAAAUUCCCGAGCCCAACUGUCAGCUUCUUACUGAUACAUCAGAAUGUGCACUCUCUUCUACAGCAGCUGCCUCCGAGGCUGCAGCCUGCAGAUCACCUAUUUCCGUCAACAAUUUCUCCUGUGAUAGCCCAACAGAACUGGUUAUCCCGGUUGCAGUUGCAGAAGAUACAAGUGUUGUAUUGACUUCUUCAGGUUCAGAAUGUAUUGUACAAAUUGACAGUGAUCUAAUCAAGGACGAGCCUGAGAAGAAUUUGAUUCCAACCUCAGGAGCAAAGGAAAAUGAUACUAGUAAAUGUGAAAGGGAAGGAGGAUUAACAGAAGGGAACAAAGGCAUACAUCAGGAGCUGAACUGUCAACUUGUUAGUGAUAUGUCAGAAUGUGCACUCUAUUCUACUGCAGCUGAGUCCGAGGCUGCAGCCUGCAGAUCACCUACUUCUCUCAACAAUUUCUCCUGUGGUAGUGAAUGUGUUGAUAACCCAACAGAUCUGGUUAUCCCGGUAGCAGUUGCAGAAAAUAAAAGCUUUGCAUUGCCUUCAGGUUCAGAAGAUAUUGUACAAACUGACGAUGGUGUAAUCAUUGACGAGCCUGAGAAGAAUUUGACUCCAACCUCUGGAGCAACAGAGAAGGAAUAUAAUCCUUCUAAAUGUGAAGGGGAAGGAGGAUUAACAGAAGAGAACAAAGGCAUACAUCAAAAAGAUCAGGAGCCUAACUGUCAACUUGUUAGUGAUACAACAGAAUGUGCACUUUAUUCUACUGCAGCUGCCCCCGAGGCUGCAGUAAACAGAACCCCGCUCUCUUCUACUGCAGCUGCCUCCGAGGCUGCAGCCUGCAGUUCACCCAUUUCUCUUAAGAAUGUCUCCUGUGGUAGCGAAUGUGUUGAUACCCCAACAGAGCUGGCUAUCCAAGUUGCAGUUGAAGAAAACAUAAGCAUUACAUUGCCUUCUUCAGGUUCAGGAAAUAUCGUUCAAAUUGAUGAAGGUCUAAUCAAGGAUGGAGCAACAGAGAAGGAAAAUUAUUCUCCUACUAAAUGUGAAGGGGAAGGAGGAUCAACAGAGGAGAACGAAGGUGUAUAUCAAAAAUAUCAGGAACCGAAUUGUCAACUUGUUAAUGAUACGUCAGAAUGUGCUCUCUAUUUAACUGCAGCUGCGUCCGAGGCUGUAGUAUACAGAACUCCGUUUGCUUUAAAGAAUUUCUCCUGCAGUAACGAAAGUGUUGAUAAGCUUACAGAGGUAGUUAUCCAGGUUUCAGUAGCAGAGAAUGCAUUGCCUUCUUCUGAGGAGAAAGAGAACAGCUGAUCUAGACCUAGUUCUCAGUUCAUGUAGUUCAAUCAGAAUCAGUGAAGGUUGCUCAUGAUGCAAAAUGAAGCCAUUUUCGCUCGACGUCUCCUUAAGAAGAACAGGCACAAAGAGAAGGAUUUAUUUGUAUUUAUGAGUUGCCAAUACACGUUCUCUUACUUUUUCUUCUUCUCUGUGCUCAAAAGUCUUAGAUUUGAUCAUACUGCUGUUGAUUGAUUUGCGUAUAAGAUUUCCAACACAAACCAAUUGGAUUUACAGAACAGAUACAGUAUUUGGGAGAUUUGGUUGUGAAUGUUUUUGUAGACUAUGUUUCUAAUACACUUCGAUCCAUGUACAUAA